GGCGGGGGGAGGGCAGAGGAAGGCGCCCCCCCGGGGACCUCCCGCCGCCCCUUCCCCAGCCAUGAACUCUUGCGGGGCUUCGAGGCCACCCUGCUUCAGAUGUUCGGGCUCCGGCGGCGGCCGCAGCCCAGCCGCACGGCCCUGGUCCCCGCCUACAUGCUGGACCUCUACCGCCUCCAGUCCGGGGAGGACCAGGAGAAGCUGCUGGAUCUCAGCCUCCAGUACCCGGAGAAGUCUACCAGCCGGGCCAACACCGUGAGGAGCUUCCAUCAUGAAGAACACCUGGAAGCCCUGCCGGGCCCCCCGCAGCAGGCGCCGCGGCUGCGCUUCGUCUUCAACCUCAGCAGCGUGCCGGCCCACGAGGCCAUCUCCUCGGCCGAGCUGCGGCUCUUCCGCCAGGCGGUCCCCGACGGGGCGGAGGCGCCGGGGGAGCGGCCCUCGCACCGGAUCAACGUCUACGAGGUGAUGAAGCCGGCGGGGGGCGGGCGGGAGGCGGCCCUCCGCCUGCUGGACACGCGCCGGGUGCAGCCCGACGUGAGCCGCUGGGAGAGCUUCGACGUGAGCCCGGCGGUGGCGCGCUGGACGGCGGGCGGGCAGCCCAACCACGGGCUGGCGGUGGAGGUGCUGCCCCUCCAGCCCUGGGCGGCCCCUGGGGGCGGACACGUGCGGGUCAGCCGCUCCGUACCCCCCGGGGGGGCGCACCUGGACGCCGCCGCCUGGGCGCGCCUCCGCCCGCUGCUGGUCACCUUCAGCCACGACGGCCGCGGCCGCGCGCCCCUGACGCGCCGGCCCCGCCGCAGCAGCAGCAGCAGCCCCCCCAAGCACGCCCACCCGCGGCCCCGCAAGAGCAAGAAGCACUGCCGCCGCCACGCCCUCUACGUGGACUUCAGCGACGUGGGCUGGAACGACUGGAUCGUGGCCCCCCCGGGCUACCAGGCCUACUACUGCCAGGGCGACUGCCCCUUCCCGCUGGCCGACCACCUCAACUCCACCAACCACGCCAUCGUCCAGACCCUCGUCAACUCCGUCAACGCCAGCAUCCCCAAGGCCUGCUGCGUGCCCACCGAGCUCAGCGCCAUCUCCAUGCUCUACCUGGACGAGUACGACAAGGUGGUCCUCAAGAACUACCAGGAGAUGGUGGUGGAGGGCUGCGGCUGCCGCUGAGG